AUGACGUCGUGUGACUGUGAUUACAUCCUGCCAAAUAAUAAGGAAUGGGAACCACAUUAUAACAACUGCUCUUUAGUUUGGAGAAGAUAUUUAGGCGCUGCGUGUCCAAAAAAUGGUGACGGGUCGCUCCGUCUUCUAAAUGAAAACCUUACAAAAUUGGACAGCGAUGUUAUUUAUCAUCUUGGCUUUGAUACAUUUCACUACGAUCUGUCAGCCAUGUUUGGAGAUGUCAAAUUUGUUUGUAUGGGCGGAACGAAACAAAGAAUGAAAGAAUUUGCAAAACACAUGGCAAAAGAACUUGAUGUAAAGAAUUAUCAGUUGACGAAUUUGACCAAACAUUCUCACAGAUAUGCCAUGUACAAAGUGGGCCCAGUACUUUCAGUAAAUCACGGUAUUGGAAUCCCGUCAAUGACAAUUCUUCUUCAGGAGAUACUAAAGCUGCUUUAUUACGCCAAAGCUAAGGACCCUAUAAUAUUUAGGAUAGGCACCAGUGGCGGUCUGAAAAUACCACCGGGGUCCGUAGUGAUUUCAUCUUGGGGUCUUAAUGGUACAUUGGAGAAAACGUACAAUAUACCUGUAUUAGGUACACUUCGCAAAAUACCCUCAAUAUUCGAUAAGCGUUUGAGUCAAGAGCUGCAGUCACUGAUAUCCGAUGCCGAUGGAUUCGAAACAUUGAUCGGAGGAACAAUGGCCGCCGACGAUUUUUAUAGAGGGCAAGCGCGGUUGGACGGUCCGUUCUGCGAUUACACUGAACAAGAUAAAAUCGCCUUUUUACACAAACUAGCCGAUAUGGGUGUAAGGAACAUAGAGAUGGAAGCCACGGCUUUUGCUGCGUAUACAAAUGAAGCUGGAGUGAGGGCUGCAGAUGUUUGUGUUACACUUUUAGAUCGCUUGAAAGGUGAUCAGGUGAAACCAGACAAAGCGACCCUACUACAAUGGCAGGAACGUCCUAUGAAAGUAGUUGGUCGAUAUAUUGCUAAAUAUUAUGGAAAUAAUUCGAGAGCAUAG